AUGAGAAAGACGAAAAAUAUAGAAAAUGGAGAAAGAAACAGUCCGGCUUUAAAUAAUUUUCUCAAGGACGUGCUUAAAGCCAAAGAUGAAUUGAAGUGGAUAGAUCAAAUGAUUUACCCUAAAAUGAACAGCAAUAAAUAUCCUGAAACGAGGCGUAAAUUACUUGCAAUCAGAAAUGUUCGGUCAGUUAAUAAAAAACGUCAUUGGGACCAUGAUGGAAAUUAUAUUAAGCCAGUUGUCAGUACUUAUGAUGAUGAUGAUGAUGAUGAUGAUGAUGAAGAUUAUCAAGAUUACUUUGAUAACGAUAAUGAUUUUUAUUUCAAAAAGCGAAAUCGGAGAUUGAAUCUUCAUAACGAUGGUGUUCUUGAAUAUAAUGAUUAUGAUAUUGAUCACCGAGAGAAAUGUAAGCCCGUAAAAGAUAGAGGAAUUCUAAUUAAAAAAAUGAAUAAUAAAACUGAACAAUAUGUAGAACCUAAGACAGUUUUUCUUAGUCCGAAAAAUUUUAAUUCUAGAAAAUUUUCAUUUAAGAGAAACAGUCUUCAAUUUAAAAAUGAUUUACAGAAUGAUGACAAUGAUAAUGAUGAUGAUGAUGAUAAUGACAGUGAUAACGAAAUUACGGAUAAUUUAAGAUAUGGAGGAGAGAAUUAUAAGGAGGAUCACGUUAAAGGGUUAGCAGUUGAAGAAUAUCAAUGAGGUAUGAUCCUGAAUUUUUUUUCUUAAUUUAAAACUCUUCACAGACAUGAAGCUCGAUAUCACAGAGAUCAAGAUCACCAGGCGCAGUUGGCUCUUGCGGAAUCUGAUUCUCUAGAUGAUAGCCAGAAGUACAAAAGAACGAUUCAAGAUGACGAUAUCUCCAAUUACUUGGAUGACAUUCCUUUAGAUCUAUCAUCUCCAGAAGUAGGGAAUACCUCGUCAUCUGGAAGUGACUAUCAUGCUCUUAAAGCUAUAGAUGAUAUGUUCAAAGGAGGAAUCGAACAGGGAAAUUCAAUCGAUGAUAAAAUUGAUACUCUUACACAGAUUUCAGAUACAAAACCAGAGAAAUAUAAUCCUGAUUAUUUAAAUAAAAAUCAAUGGUUCAG